AGCUGUGGGAGCUGAGCCUUCACUUCUUGCACUUACCAUACCCUGGUGUUGCCUGGGAAACCCUGCAAUGGAAGGAGGACCUAGGUAUCCUGGUCCCAGCUCUGUGCUCACACUAUGUCACAAGCGUAGCCCAUGGUCCCCACAUUGGUACCUCUGUGGAUCCAUGUGGAAUCCUGUUAGGAGGCUGAGGGGCACGGAGAAGGGGCUCAGUUUCCCCACAUGGCAUUCCCUUUCCUCUUGAUUUGGGGAAUACCAAAGGCUAGGCACCUCCUGGGCUAUUCUAACAGCUGGUGACAUAGGGACCCCAUGCCUGGGGUGGGGAACAGAAGACACAACAGACUGUGAUGAAAUAUGGACACACGUGCACACACACACACACACACACACACACACACACACACACACACACCUCAGAAACCCAGAUAAACAUGUGCGGCACAUGCAUGGGCCCAUGUGUGCAUUCACAGCCACACCCACCCUGGACGGACAUGUGAGCAGGAGACAUCCUUGUAGGGGAAGGAGCACGGGUUUUGAAAUAGACAAAAAGUCUAUUUCCUUGAAAAGUCUGUCUUCAAAAAGAACUCUAGUUUUUUUGGCUGUGACCUUGGUGUUUUAGGAACCUUGGCUAAAAGAUCGGGGUGGGGGGGGUCCUCCAUUCUCAUUGCCAGGUCCCUAAUCUUUCAACAGGAGUGAAGAGAGAGUGUUGGGCUAAACUGAGAUGGCCUGCCCUGCGAGCUUAGCCCGCUUCUGCUGAGGCCCACCGGAGAGAGGUGGCCUCUUUCUCUCGCAGAGCCGUUUCAAAGCAGCAGGCACGCAAGGCUGCUCGUGACAGCACAGCAUGUGAACGUCACAGGCCAGCUCGUGUGUUUGCACCUCCCCUCGUUAUGACCUGUAAAACCGUGUCCUCGCCUGAUGCAUCUCGCAUGUUGUGAGGAGUAAACAGAGUGACCUGUGGCCAGCACUUUGCACGUGGACAGCUUGGAACAAGCCCUUGGGAAGUGCUCACCGUCGCCCGGCCCGUGGCUGCUUGCGCCUGGGACCGUGUUUCCCCCAAGCCUGUUUAUCACGGCCAUUUGCCUCCAGAUGAGGGGGACGUUGCCACAUGUUAGCUAGGGCAGUUUACUGUCUAGGCUGUUUUCUAAUCUGUAAAAUUGGGAUAACGAUAGCACCUACUUCUCAGAGUUGCUUCAAGGAUGGAUUACUUGUGCAAGAGAGUCGGGCCUGUCCCUCGGGACUGGAGCUGCCCACUGUGUUGCUGGAGAUGGAGCGGAGCCGGCGGGCCCAGGAACAGCUCCUGUGGGACUUGGAGCUGCUGACUGGGGCGGGGCUGGGCCUCUUCUGGCCCCCCCGGGCCCAGUUCUGCGGUCUGAGGGACCGGACCCAGUGUGCAUGGAGCCAGCGCAGCAAGCCCCGUGGUAGGAUGGGUAGGGGCCCCGAGCAGCCGAACAGCUGGAGUUCCAGGCCAUGCCCAUUGCCUCAGGCUGGGGACUCCCUGAGCCAGAACCAUCAGCUUCCUGAGGGGGGGCUGGCGGUAGUCCCAUCAUCAGCCCUGGAUCUGGGUGAAGCUGCGAGUCACAGAGACCCAAGGCGGGCGAGCCCUGCUCUGCCUGCCGAGUCCACACCUGGUACGUGGACACCUUGGCCGGGUGGCCAGACUAGAGCUGGAGGAGGUGAGAAGUCCUCAUCCCAAGUGCCAGGAUUCCAGUCCCCUCCUCACUCAUUCUUUGUCUCAUACUUUAUAUUGGGUGCCAGGAGCACCCAGGGACAACAAGCAGGUUUUAUUUUAUGUCCUAGUUCCACCUGGUUGGUAGCAGCUGUCCCAGGCACAGGGUCCAGGAGGAUUCUGAAGCUAAACUGA